CAGCGAGCCUAUGGACGUGAGCAACAAGAGCAUUGUGUGGUGUGUGUAAGGAAUGGAACCAUGUCUACUCCUGCAAAUGUUUUGCUCAGGGUCCAUUGAACGUCCCGCGUCAAAGCUCCCCCGAAUCCUUCACCCCGCGCUCCGUUCGCUGCAUAACGUUAACGUCUAACAACGUUUUGCCGACGUCUUGUCCCGUGAACUGGCUUGAGAUGGGCCGCCACUGGAUAUAAAGUCCUCUUGCUUCUCCAAUUUCAUGGAGAUCAUAACGGACGGGAUCGACAUCAACAACGGUUCUCUUGAUCCACUCCCCAUCGUUGCAGAGAUGCCCGAAGUCGACCCACGCACAGGGACGGACAAGCUCAAGGUAAUCAUUGUUGGCGCUGGGUUGGGAGGAUGCGCAUGUGCUAUGGCGAUGCACUACGCUGGGUUCGAGGUCGUCGUUUAUGAGAAGAUCAAGAAGUUCCUCCGACUGGGCGACUCUCUCGGUCUGGGCGAGAACGCACUCCGACUGCUCGACCGCUGGGGCUGCCUAGACAAGAUCGUCUCCAUCGGUAACAAGUCCCCUGUAUUCCACAUGCGGCGCUACGACACAGGGGAGAUCCUGGCUACCCAGCGUUUGCUCGACAUGGCGGGAUACAUCGGCCACAGGGGAGACUAUCACCAGGCGUUCAUCGACCGCGUGAUGGAGCUUGGCAUCCCUAUCCACAUGGGCACAAACGUCGCUCGGUACAACGAGGAUGAUCCAAGCGUAACACUCGACAGUGGCGAGAGGGUGCAGGCGGAUAUUGUCAUCGGCGCCGACGGGAUUAAGAGCAUGUGCAGGGAACUAGUGUUAGGGUUUACGGACAAGCCGAAGAGCUCGGGGUAUGCGUGCUAUCGUGCGUACAUGCCGGGCAGCAAGCUGAAGAACGAUCCUUAUGCGAAGCGCUUGGUGGAGAAGGACUGUAUGAACGUUUGGAUCGGCCCCGACCUUCAUAUCGUCCAAAAUACCUGCAAAGACGGCGAAGAGUUCAACUGGAUCAUAACACACAAAGACGAGGCGGACAUCCUCGAGUCCUGGUCCCAGCCUGGAGAUCCAAAAGAAGCCGUCAAGCUCGUCGCGGACUGGGACCCCACAAUCGUGAAUGCCAUGAAGCUGACAGACACGUGUUUGGACUGGAAGAUCGUGUAUCGGGAGCCGUUGCCAACUUGGGUUAGCAAGAGUGGGAAAGUCUGUCUCUUGGGGGAUGCUGCCCAUCCACAUCUUCCCACCUCAGCACAAGGCGCCUCCCAAGCAGUUGAAGACUCCGCCUGCCUUGCCGUCUGCCUCCAACUCGCAGGCACGGGGAACGUCCGUCUUGCCACGCUAACCUACGAGCGUCUACGCUAUGCUCGCGUGCUCAAGACCCAGAAAACAGGCGAGGAUCUCAGAAUCAGGUGGCACAAUGCGCUUAAAAAGGUUCAGGCGGGGGAAAAGAUCGACCCCCAGAGUAUUGAGAUGCGUAACGCGUGGAUAUAUCCUCAUGACGCGGAGAAAGACGCACGAGACCGCUGGCCUGCCGUCUCCACCCAGAUCCAGAGAGAGCUCGAGGUAGGGAAUGUUAUACAUCCCACCGAUCUAUUAGGUCCAGACAGGUACGACAUCCCCCAGAUCAGUGACGAGGAAAAGGCCGAGAUCGACAAGAUUGUGGUAGAGAUGGUGAGGAAUUACCCGCCGAGUUAUACUGGGUUGGAAAGAGGUGUGACUGUGCCAAUCGUCAGUCCCGUUGCAUAGUGGGAGUUGCUCAAAUCCAGGUCAAGCAGUUAUCUUUUGGGCAUACAUUGUUCAGCGCAAAGGGUUAUAAUCGCAUUCGCAU